GAGCGCCGCUGUCAGGACCGAGCGCCGCGCGAGGACUUUGGAAGGAGGUGGAGGGGGGAAAAAAAGUUAUUUAUUAAUCUGAAAAAACCUCUCGAGAGUAAAAGAAGAAUCGGCGGGGAGCGGCGCGAGCUCAUGGAAACGCCAUGUAGCCGGAGGGACGGCGGCGGACUCGAACGCGGUUUCUCUGGAGAGGAGAAGUGAGGCGAGAUAAACAUGCUCACCCCGACGCUGCUGCUGGCCUCGCUGCUGCCGCUGCUGCUCCUCUGCCGGACCUCUCUGUGCCAGUACUCCAGCGACCAGUGCAGCUGGAAGGGCAGCGGCCUGACCCAUGAAGGCCACACCCGUGACGUGGAGCAGGUGUACCUGCGCUGCUCGCAGGGCUCCCUGGAGUGGCUGUAUCCCACCGGCGCCAUCAUCGUCAACCUCCGACCCAACACGGUCUCUCCGGCCGCCGCCCGCCUCUCCGUCUGCAUCAAGCCCUCGCCGGACUCCAGCGGCACCAACGUCUACCUGGACCGCAACGGCCGGCUGCGCCUGCUGCUGCGCGAGCAGGACCAGGCUCAGGGGCGGGUGCACUGCUUCAGCAUCCAGGAGGGGGCGCUCUUCAUCGAGGCCGUCCCGCGCUCGGACAUCAGCCGGCGGAUUACGGCCUUCCAGUACGAGCUGGUCAACAAUAAGUUCGGAGCAGAGGCGCUCUCACCUGCUGCGCCCUGCCAGCCCUGCAGCGACGCCGACAUGCUCCUCGCAGUUUGCACCAAUGACUUCGUGGCGCGGGGCAGCAUCACCAAGGUGGAGCAGCGAGAGGAGCACUCGUCGGUCACCGUGGCGAUCAGCCGCCUCCACAGGCAGAAGACCCAGGUGUUCGUGUCGGGCGGAGUGAGGGCCCGGAGCUGGACGGGCCACAUCAAGAUGCCCGCUCAGUGCGGGGCGAGGGCCGGCGAGGGGGAGUUCCUCUUCACCGGCUCGGUGAGGUUCGGCGAGGCCUGGAUGGGCUGCGCGCCGCGCUACAAAGACUUCCUGCGGCUGUACCGCGAAGCGGAGCGGCGGGGGACGAACCCCUGCCACAUGGACACGGACUGAGCGGCUCGCCGCCCCGCGCUUAGAAGGAAAACCACGUCCUCCCUGAGUCGGGAGCAGAGCUGGACCGCGAGCGGAGAACAGACUGGCUCGGGUUCAAAGCCUCGGAGACGCAGGAUGGAGCUCCUGGAUAUUUCCCAGCAGCACACGGAGUCGGGACGCGGCGCGGCGUGUGUCCGAACCGCCUUCCUCCCACACGAGGAGCUGCAAGGUUUCAAAUGUAGCAGACGCCAUGUUCCUUUUUUUUUAUUUGUAUAAAAUGUGAAUGAAUAUUUGUACAGAAGCCGUGUGUUGUAAAGGAAAAACAAAAACAAAGAAAAACUUGAUGUACAGUUUUGAAUUUCUUACGAGCGAAGUGUAUAAAGUGAAAGGUUCUUAUUUUGUUUAAAAAA